AUGGGUGAAGCCGAAGAUGAGAAGAACCAGGCAGGACGGCUAUUUGAGAACUUUGCUCAGGCCACUGACUGCAAAAGCACCCUGCAGGCCUUCAAUAUUAUGUGCAGUUACCUGGAGCUUGACCCUCUGGAGCACAGCACCUUCUACAGCGGCCUGAAGAGCAUGGUGACAUGCUGGAAAGCCAAAGCCCUUUGGGGUAAGCUGGACAAGAGAGCCAGCAACAAAGAGUACAAGAAUGGCAAAGCCUGUGAGGGCAUUAAGACUGCCAUCGAGUUAGCUUUCCUCGGAGCCAAAGUGGUGGUGAUAGAGAAGAGAGAUACAUUCUCCAGGAACAACGUCCUACAUCUCUGGCCCUACACCAUUCAUGACCUCAGGGCCUUAGGAGCCAAGAAGUUCUAUGGAAAGUUCUGUGCUGGAGCAAUCGACCACAUCAGCAUUCGGCAGCUCCAGCUCAUGCUCCUGAAGAUCGCUCUGCUUCUGGGUGUGGAGUUUCACGUAAAUGUGGAGUUCAUCAAGCUAGUGGAGCCUCCAGAGGACCAGGAGAAUGAGGGGCCGGGCUGGAGGGCAGAGAUCUGGCCUGCGGAUCACCCUGUGGCCGACUUCGACUUUGAUGUGGUGGUGGGAGCUGAUGGGAGACGAAACUCUUUAGAAGGGUUCAGGAGGAAGGAAUUUCGUGGCAAACUGGCCAUCGCCAUAACGGCAAACUUUAUCAACAGAAACACCACCGCUGAGGCAAAGGUCGAAGAGAUAAGUGGAGUUGCCUUCAUCUUCAACCAGAAAUUCUUUCAGGAUCUCAAACAGGAAACUGGGAUUGAUCUAGAGAACAUCGUCUACUACAAAGACAACACACACUACUUUGUCAUGACGGCUAAGAAGCAGAGCCUGCUGGACAAGGGUGUCAUCAUUCAUGAUUAUAUCGACACUGAGGCACUGCUGAACAGUGAGAAUGUGAACCAAGAGGCUUUGCUGGCAUAUGGACGAGAGGCAGCCGACUACGCCACCCACUACCAGCUGCCCACGCUGGACUACGCCAUGAACCACUGCGGUCAGCCUGAUGUGGCCAUGUUCGAUUUCACGAGCAUGUACGCCUCAGAAAAUGCUGCUCUGGUCCGGGAGAGGUUUGGUCACAGUGUGCUGGUGGCACUAGUGGGAGACAGUCUUCUAGAGCCCUUCUGGCCUAUGGGGACCGGCUGUGCCCGUGGCUUCCUGGCAGCCUUUGACACGGCUUGGAUGGUAAAAAGUUGGGCGCAGAGUAGAAAUCCACUCGAGGUGCUGGCAGAGAGGGAGAGUUUGUACCGAUUGCUACCUCAGACAACACCUGAAAACAUCGCCAAAAACUUAGAUUUCUACACCAUAGAUCCAGGAACACGCUAUCCCAACCUUAAUUCAAACUGUGUGAGGCCACACCAGGUCCGCAACAACUAUAUCUGUGGAGAGAUGAAGUCGUGCUCUCUGGAACGGGCCGCCACGAUACGCCGCCCUGUCAACUUGGCCAGAAGAGAGUCUGAGAUCAGGCCGAGUCGGUUACUGACGUGGUGUCAGAAGCAGACAGAGGGCUACAGGGGUGUGAAUGUGACUGACCUCACUUCCUGUUGGAUCAGUGGCCUGGCUUUCUGUGCUCUCAUACAUCGCUUCAGACCACAGCUCAUCGAUUAUGACUCUCUGAAUGAGCAAGACUGUGCCAGAAACCUUCAGCUGGCAUUUGAUGUGGCUGAGAAGGAGUUUGGCAUGAAGCCUUUUAUCACAGGGAAAGAGCUGGCGGCAGGUCAGGAGCCGGACAAGACCAGCAUGGGCAACUACCUCUCCAAAUUCUACGAGCUCUUCCGGGGAACGCCUCUACCUCCCUCAGAUUCAAAGCGAGAUGGUGAUGCAAAUUAUGAAAAAUGUCCAUCGGGUUCUCCCAGACCUGUUUACAAGUCAUUGAGUUUACUUCAGCCUCGUAAACGCAUUCCCAAGAAUGAUAAAAAGGUUGAAGACAAUGAUGCCAUAUACAAGAGAAGACGGAAAAUUAGUUACUUCCAAGAGACAACCAAAUCCUUCAAUCAGAGUUCUUCUGUGUCCAGUGAGGGGCGGGAACUGAAAGAAAACAAGGUCAAGUUUAUGGCCACUCAACUUCUAGCAAAAUUUGAAGACCGCACCGCAAGCUGCUCUGUUCGCAGACAGUCUGACUCUAAUGAUGAGAGGCCUCCAAAACCUCCGUCGCUUGAUAUGACUGAUAGCCCUCUCUUUAACAUUAUCAAGAAGAAAGUACCACCACCUCCACCCCCUAAAAAUCAGUUUCUGUCCGUUGCCUGUGUACGACACACUGAGGAGCCCUCAGCUCCUCUCUUCCCCUCGCUUCAUUCCAGUCCUCUGAAUCCACAGAGGAAACCACUUCACCCGACUCACACUCACACACAAUCAGAGGCAGAGAACACAGCCGACUCAGACUCCGGAAGUACAGCCACCUGCCACUCAGCAGUGCUGGCCAUGAGAACAAUGCUCCAGCGCCUCCAGAGGGUGGAAGAGGAGAUUAGUCAGAGGAAAGCCCAGACUCAAAAGGCCAGGGAGUUUCAUAAAAAAAGCAUAAAGGAGAAGGCUGUGCAUUUGAACGCUCUCUUCUCUGGCGAGGCCUGCUCUCCAGAUCAGCCUUCCUUAAAAAGAGAAUUUCAGAGUUUGGGAGAUGUGUGCCAUGCGUGUAAGAAACGGGUGUUUGCAGUGGAGAGGCUCAGCGCGGAGGGAUUCCACUUCCACAGGGAAUGUUUCCGCUGUCAUACCUGCAGAGCUCCACUGAGCCAGGGAGGACAUUCCUUCGAUUCAGAGGAAGGAAAGUUGUACUGCAAACUCCACUUUGCACAAAGGAAACCCUUAGUGAAGAAUGGGAGGACACAAAUUCUACACACGACGUGUAAUGCCGACUCUCACAACGGGUCCAGCUGGAGUCCAGAGGGACGUGAGCAUCAUCUCCAGGAAGAGUCUCCAGGUAUCCUGUCCUCACUGAAGAGAAGCCUGCGCUGGCCGCUGCAUGUGUGUGCUGUGCCUCGUCGUGUGUUUAACUGGCUGCAUGGUAAAGCGUGGGCCACAGGAGUCCACCUGAGGGAUAAUGCCGAGGAUUACGCCUUCCUGUAUGAACUGCUCGGUGUGAGUCUGCCUCUGCUCGCCGUUCUCCAUGAACAGCUCGUCCAAAUGUACGCAGAGGCCAGACCUCUCAAUCUACAGCCUCUGCAGCACUGGCUGGAAGAGCACAUGGGCCACUGGGACUUGGUGUGAGAGAAACAUCAUCAGGUCCCUUUAAAAGGGUUAAUAUGUAGUUGAAAAUGACUGUGGAUAUUUAUUCAAAACUGAAAAACACAUUGAACAACCUUGAGAUGGAAAGUAGCAGAUGUUACUUUUUCAGAGAGUAGAAAUGAAAUGGCCUGGUUUGGAUUGUGCACAAAAUACCAAAGCCUUUCUCAGUUAUAAAGAUUUGAGUAAAGAGAAAAAAAAGUGUCAAACACGGAGUGAACUUUAAGCACUUUAAUGAGUGAGCUGCCUUCAUAUGCACGAUUAAGAGUGACGUUCUGCUUUUAAUUAUUAAUGAACGUUCUUUGUUGAGACUACAAGUUCACAAAACCUGACCGAUCAAGCUGCAAACACGUCUCGUCUACUCUGUUAGCCAUUCAGGAACAUGGAAGUCACAUUCUUCUCGCACGUUUACACUUCUUAUGAAAAACAUACAGCAUGGCUGUUAAAAGGAAUGUUCCGGGUUCAACACAAGCUAAUCUAUUGAUAGCAUCUGUGAAAAAUGUUGUCGACUACCACAAACAAUAACUGCAUUUCAUCCUUCAUAUUGUUAAAACAAACAAGAAUUACAAUGGAAGUCUAUGGAACAAGACAUUGCAGAGGGUUUAAAGCAGAAAUAUGCAUCUCGUAUUUCUAUCAAAGCGUCUGUAGUAAUUCAUCAGAACAAAAGUGUGUUAUCUGCGCUUUAAAAUUGACAUUUUUAGUGGUUUUAACAUACUGGUCUAUUUUAACACAAUGUGCUGUCUUGUGGGUGCACUUUCAAAACCGUGUGAUAAUUUUGUAUUUUAUUGUUAAUUCCUGUAUAUUGUCUUGUUCUAUAGGCUUCCAUUGUAAGUGCAUUACUGUAAAUGUUGCUGGUUUAUGCAAUUAUUUUCUGUGUUAAUCUGUGUAUCACAGAUGUGGGGCCUGUACCAUGAAGCCGGUUUAGCUGGCUAGCCAGGUAAGUUUCAGUUUAGUUUGCACCAAUCCUGGGUUUUAGGUACCAUGAAAGUGGCUUGGCUUUUAGUGGCAUUCAUUGCCUUAGUAACUUACACUUCACGGCUAACCUGCUCUGGGGCAGGUUAUGUUCUGGUUUAGAGAUAUCAAACCGAAAUUUGACCAAUCAGCUUCAAGCA